AUGGGAGGCCUUUUAUCGGCGAUGGGCGUGCGCCACGUUUUGUCCAAGGGCGUCGCGGGCUACACUCGGCCGCUGGAGCCCAUGCUUUGCGAUGCCUUGAUGAAGCGCAUCAACCCCACGGAUGCGGCUUUCUUUCCUGCUGACCAUCUCGGGCGACUGAUCGACAUGCCGCUUCCCUCGGCUACUCAGUACUACACUUGGGCCGAGAGGAUGGAGAGCAGUCCGCUGACUGACAGCUACAUCUUCCGGUCGACCAGUCCAGCACGCCUUUCCUUCGAGAGCCCGUUGCUUGAGCCAAGCCCUUCUUCGCGGAUCCGACCGGCUUCACCCAGAGCUAUGUCUCCCACGCGGCGCAGCAGUCCCUUCAUGGAGCCCAUGAGCCCCAUGAGCCCAGUGACGCCAUUGCCGGACUACCUCCAGCCGGACUCCCGACCACCGCGGCACUUUGGGUCAAGAGAUUGGGAGUCGAAAGACUGGAAAGCAAGAUCGCCUUCCCCGGCUCGUCGACACUAUCUCUCGGAGCUCUCCACUCAGGACCCCGGCCUUUCAUCCUUCGAGCGAAGUCUUGCGGACACCUAUGUGUCAUCGCCUGUGCCCUAUUCUCCACGGACUCCGCGUCCGAUGUCUGCAGGCAUUUCUGCUGCUGCAUCCCCUGGUGCUUCUCCAUCUUUGGGAACUCCGCUGCCACGUCGUUCUUUGCACUUCCUGGACACGCAUGAGCAGCGUGCUGUGCAGCAGACCCUGAUCGUGAUGGCUCGGCAAGCCAAGCUGGACUCCAUGGUGGAGGAUGCUAAGACACUUCUCCCGCCCACCUGCACAGUGGAAGAGAUCUUCAACGAGCUGGACAUGAUGCGCAACGGCUACGUCACGCUUCGGGACAUCCGCCGAUUCAUGGCAGGCUUCGGCUUCACGGCCAAGUAUGCCAGCUUCACCGGCCUCGUCAACGACCUCCAUAUGCGCCGCAAGGUCUUCCAUCAGCAUUCCGUGCGAGGUGCCAGGCCUCUGGAGUGGAGCGGCCUUAGUGCCCUGCUGCCUCCGGAGAGCUUAGACCUGCGCGACACGACAAUGCUUACGUUGCCCUUCACCGGCGAGGGUUGCAAGGCUGUCAUGGCGUCCCACACUGAUGCGGAGGCUGCUUCGGUGCUGUACUUGCUGCGGAAGUCUGUGGCUUGCCCGACCUGUGGGACCCGAGCCCAGCGUGACGCUGAUGCCGCCGGCUGCCCAAUGGUGACCUGCCCCGUCUGCGGGACCCAGUUCCACUGCCACACCGUGGAAGGAGAUCGGCCAGAGGUGAGUUACCCGCUAACUUCCAGCGCGAAGCACAGUCUGUACCGCCUGUUGGGCACCACGCUGGAGGCAGCUGAAGAGCUGGACUUGGAUCGUCGAGAGCUUGCCACCGUGCUCUCUCAAGAGAUUUGUGGGCUGCACGACGUCUUUGGUGCGAUCAGUCCUGGGACAGACAGCUUUACGCAGUCAGACCUCCGGCGCUGCUUUGCUGUCCAGGGCUUGCCCCUGCCGCCUGCAGAACAGUGGGACCUUCUGCAGGUGGCAUCGCUACUGUUCUCCCAAUGCUAUCGGCGUGAAUUACUUGGACUUCAAGAGUCAGCUGCAGCCCAUGUUUUGAGGACACGGCGCGAGGUAGCUACGGAACUGAGCCUUUCCUUUCUAUUCUCACAAGAGGCCACAUGUGUGAUAAUGCAAUGCAGUGCCAUUAUCAGCAAUUGUGAGGUGUUCGGUAUCAUCCAGAGGAUUAGAGGGCCCAUGCACGAAGCGAACAGCACAUGUGAGGAUCGUCAGCCCAGGAUGCGACGUCUGCCGCGCCCACUAUGUAAUCAUUUUGCCCAUUGUUACGGCUGUGCUACUUGA